CGGGACAGUCACUAAAUCUCAACACUGUCCACUGCAGAAAAACAUCUGCGUUGUUUGUGUCGCCCAGCACAGCUCUUCUGAACUGAAAUUCAAAUAUUGAAGAGCAACACUGAUGCCAGGUAAGGGAAUACCCAGCACAUUUACAUUCCUGCACCUGCCCUACUCUGCAUAGAAGCAGCACCAAAAUCACCACCACCAGCAGCUCUAUAAAGCUCCUGUUUCCAUACAUGACAGUAGGGGAACAGCAGCUGCUAACCUGCGUUAAGCACUGGUGCAACAAACUACUUUUCCAGCACAGCACUGUUACCCACCUUGGGAGGAUGGAAGCUUGCUACUCUCAAGAUAAACUUAAUGUCACUUCACACGAUGUCAUGGUUCUGGUCGUCAUCACACUUCAGGCAUUUGCUGGCAUAUGGAUAAAUGUUUUCAUUGUUUUUGUGCUUUGUAUUUCUUGGGCCAAAACGAAAAUCUUCAGCUCUAAUGAGAAAAUCGUGAUGUUUCUGGGAUGCUCCAGGUUUUGGCAUUUGUGCGUCACAUGGCUGUAUUUCUUUCUUUCAAUAAUUUACCCCUGGUCAUUUUAUGUUCACCCCAUACCUGAACUACUUUCAGCUCUUCAGAGCUUUUUACAUUCUUCCAACAUGUGGGUUUCUGCCUGGCUUUGUGUUUUUUAUUGCAUAAAAAUCGCAAAUUUCAGGCACAUCUUCUUCAUCUACCUGAAAGCAAAAAUUGACAGGAUUGUGCCAUGGCUGUUGUGGGGUGCAGUGCUUUUAUCCCUGUUCCUCUGCAUCCUCGUCUACAACAUCACUUACACAGCACCCUGUAAAAACCUCAAUAAUUCCACCAUCCUAGCAAAUACGUGGAAACUGAAAGUCAAAAUGGAUGAACAUUAUUUCCCUGUUUUUAUUGUUGGUGGCUUCGGAAUUGUCAGUGCAUUCAUGGUAGUAAUCUUUUCUGCCCUUCUCCUCCUCUUUUCUCUCUGGAAACAUCAACGCAAGAUGCAGACAAACUCAGUGAAGAAUCUCAGCAUGGAUGCCCAUAUCAAAGCAAUGAAAUAUGUUAUGUCUUUCUUCUUCCUUUACAGUAUUAACUUUAUAUGUUUCAUCUUGAUAAUGAUUUACACCACAAGGGAGCAAGGUCCCGUGACAUUUGUCAUUUUAGUAUUUCACUGUGCUCUUCCGGCUGUUCAUUCCCUUGUUCUGAUUUUCAGCAAUCCCAAACUGGAAAAGGCACUGCUAAGGACUCUGCCCUGUGUGAAGUGCAAGGUUUGUAUGAGGUAGAAACUGUAAUAAAAGCUGGAACCCAUUAAAAAUGUUGAUAUUUUGUUAUAAAAAUCACAUAAUUUAAUCUCUAAUGCAACUCUCCAGACAGUGUAGAUGAUACAGAUGUUCUAUCUUCAGCAAGUUAAGAAAACUUCACUAUAAU